UCCGACUCGAGCUGUGUCCGUGGUGCUGAAAUCGCACUGUAUUCUGCAAAUACAUCGCCAGCGUUCAACAGGUAUUCUCCACGUGGUGAUGGUGUUUCGAUUUGGCCACAUAAAUAGGCGGCGCCGUGUAAUUCCAUUUUCAAGUAGGCUAAGGUUAUUUAUCUGCUACUGAUUUAUUAUUAUCAGCCUGAAGUCGUUCAGACCGAAGAAAUGGAAAAGGAGCGAAAAUUCUCCAAACAAUAUGGGUCUUUGGAUCGCACCAAAUUGGAUGGAAAAGCCGAUAAGAAGGGUGAGCCUUUGCAAAAUGAUUAAUGAUGUACAGUGCGUAGCAUGGAAAGUUGUAGAUAUACGGGCUACCUUUUUAUUAUCUAUUCUACUUGUGUUUUUUUGCAUGAGGAUAAAUUCAGUUUGAUAGGACUUGGUGCUGAAAUCUUUCCGUUUUAGACAAUUUUCUUUACAAAAAUCCAAUAUGUUUUGUGAUUUAGAGACUUUUUAUGAAGAUUAUAUGAUACUCGAACUGAGCUACACCUAUACAUAGAAAUACUUGCAGUAAUCCAGAUUAGAUCAAAGUGUUUCAAAACAGUUAGUGAAAACAUAUUUUAUUUUUUUAUACUGGCCCCCCGUGGGAAUCGAACCCACAACCCUGGCGUUGCAAACACCACGCUCUAUCAACUGAGCUACAUCCCUGCCGGCCAUUCCCUCCCCUACCCUGGACGACGCUGGGCCAAUUGUGCGCCGCCCAUGAGUCUCACAGUGAUGAGUCUCCACAAAGGUGAAAAGGAAUGGAGUAUAGCCAGCCACACACAGAGCCCUGGUAAAGCUCUGGUCAUCCAAAGUGACAUUUGGAAAUCCAAUUGUCAGGAGCAAUUUUCACAAUAGGGGCAGAAAAUUGCCUCCGGAGGAAGGCACAUACAGCAGGCAACUCACGAUCAAAACACAGACACCAAGCUUGCUCUGAGGAUUUUGUCAAAUGCGUAAUUAGUGAAGACCCAUUGAAAAAACUAUCAGGAGCUUUUAAGUGGUGAGCAGUCAACCUGGGCGUCUGGAGGUCUGAGAGGUCAGAGGGAGUUGUUGACUCUUCAGGGCAGUUCACUCUGGGAGGUGUUUUGAGUUGUCUCAUUAAACUAAUGUUGACUAAGAACACAAUAGCAUUGGAUAAGAAAAGCCAAUAGACUGAAGAAGGACAUCUCAGCCUUUAAUCCCCUGCUGAGAUCCGAGUCAUUUGGCAUCAUCAAGCUGCCUCAAAUUCCACUCACCAUCAUGUUCAAUUUUCUCACUCAUCCCCAGCCUUGCUAAGCAAGUCCGUAGAACUUUACACUGAGCAAUGAAAGGUUUAUUCCAAUUAUCCAGCCCAUCGUCUGUUGUAGGAUGGAGCAGUUCUAGACAAAAUGAAGAGGAAUCUACAUGAUUAUCACUGAUUGCAAAUCACUAGUCCUAAUUUCAAAUUGUUUCUUUGUAGUUCCCCAACAUACCUUCAUGCACCAGUUAAGUGUAUAUGUUGUUUAUGUAUGUUUGACAGUUCUUAGCCAUUGCAGGUUGAGAUGACUAUAAUGGAGAUGAUUAUAUUCAGUGUUUCAUAUCAUCUUGGGAAACUAGGAGCUCAUCACGGAUAGCAAUCACAGCGCUUCACAGACUAUGACCAAUGAAACAGACCGGCCCCCUCCUGGCACCACUGCUGGAGAUGGGCCAAAUGAGGAAAUGUUAAUGAGACUGCACAAGUCUACUUAAUUGAUGACCUUAACCAGUUCAUUAUAGAUUCUAGAAAUGUACUAGCCCGUCGGUGCUCAGCAUCUAUUUCCUACUUUAAUUGUCACUGAUUCUCAGUCUUCUGUCUCAUUGUCUGAGAUUCUUUCUCAUUGUUCAUGAAACUCAGACAUGGAUCAAUAUCCUGAUGUCAACUGUUCAGAGAGAGCUGCCGUCAUGCCAUCCCAGUCUCAGCACCACUGAGUCUCUGUCCAGCCUGGCAGUGUGCCACUCAGAGGCACAUUCCCUCCAUGCUGUCCCACUGGGGGAGGAAACCCAGGAAGCAUGCUGCACACAUGCCAUAAUUAAGGCAGGCUGAAGACACACACACUCACCACCACGCACACACACACCCACCACUUAUGCUGCUGCCAUACUGUUUACUAUUGUUAUUAUUAUUUAUCCUGAUAUCAGUCACUUUCUCCUAAUCCCUGCCUACAUGUACAUAUCUAACUCAAUACUCCAGUAUCCCUGUACAUUGUACAUUUGGUGCUGGCACUGACCCUGGAUAUAGCUUCCUCUCUUAUUUCUUUUUUCUCAUGUUUUGUUUUUUAUUAGUUAUACUAUUUUGAUAUUAAAUACUUCACUGUUGGGUAGGGCUUGCAAGUUAAGCAUUUCACUGUAUUUGGCAUGAGACAAAUAAACAUGAAACUUGAAAAGUUCUGCUCUGGCCUCCCUCUCUCUUCUAAGACAUGUUGUGCUGGGAUAGGUGGCGCGAGCAGAAUAAACAGUCAUUUGUUCCCGUUUCCGUGCUGAUGCAUAGUACUAUGCCAAUGUAGCAGUAGAAUAACUUGCUAAUACACUACAUGACCAAAGGUAUGUGGACACCUGCUUGUCGAAUAUCUCAUUCCAAAAUCAUGGGCAUUAAUAUGGAGUUGGUCCCCCCUUUGCUGCUAUAACAACCUCUACUCUUCUGGGAAGGCUUUCCACUAGAUGUUGGAACAUUGCUGCGGGGAAUUGCUUCCAUUCAGCCACAAGAGCAUUAGUGAGGUUGGGCGAUUAGGCCUGACUCACAGUCGGCGUUCUAAUUCAUCCCAAAGGUGUUUGAUGGAGUUGAGGUCAGGGCUCUGUGCAGGCCAGUCAAGUUCUUCCACACCGAUCUCGACAAACCAUAUUAUUAUUUAUGUAUUUAUUUUUGUAAUUUUUACCCCCUUUUUCUCCCCAAUUUCGUGAUUACGAUCUUGUCUCAUCACUGCAACUCCCCAACGGGCUCGGGAGAGGCGAAGGUCGAGUCAUGCGUCCUCCGAAACAUGACCCGCCAAACUGCGCUUCUUAACACCCGCCCGCUUAACCCAGAAGCCAGCUGCACCAAUGUGUCAGAAGAAAUGAUCGAAGUCAGCCUGCAGGCACCCGGCCCGCCACAAGGAGUCGCUAGAGCACGAUGAGCCAAGUGAAGCCCACCCAGCCAAACCCUCCCCUAACCCGGACAACGCUGGGCCAAUUGUGCGCCGCCCUAUGGGAUUCCCGGUCACGGACAGUAAUGACACAGCCACAGGGAUCGAACCCCAGGCUGUAGUGACGCCGCAACACUGCGAUGCAGUGCCUUAGACCGCUCCGCCACUCGGAAAGCCUCAACAAACAAUUUCUGUAUGGACCUCGCUUUGUGCACGGGGGCAUUGUCAUGCUGAAAGAGGAAAGGGCCUUCCACAAACUGUUGCCAUAAAGUUGGAAGCACAGAAUCGUCUAGAAUGUCAUUGUAUGCUGUAGCGUUAAGAUUUCCCUUCACUGGAACUAAGGGGCCUAGCCCAACCAUGGAAAACAGCCCCAGACAAUUAUUCCUCCUCCACCAAACUUUACAGUUGGCACUAUGCUUUGGGGCAGGUAGCGUUCUCCUGGCAUCCACCAAACCCAGAUUCGUCCGUCGGAUUGCCAGAUGGUGAAGCGUGAUUCAUCACUCCAGAGAACUUGUUUCCACUGCUCCAGAGUCCAAUGGCGAUGAGGUUUACACCACUCCAGCCGACGCUUGGCAUUGCACAUGGUGAUCUUAGGCUUGUGUGCGGCUGCUCAGACAUGGAAACCCAUUUCAUGAAGAUCCCAACGAACAGUUUUUAUUUUUAUUAAUUUUUUAUUUAACCUUUAUUUAACUAGGCAAGUCAGUUAAGGACAAAUUCUUAUUUACAAUGACGGCCUACACCGGCCAAACAGUUCUUGUGCUGACGUUGCUUCCAGAGGCAGUUUGGAACUCAGUAGUUAGUGUGCAACUGAGAAGAGACAAUUUUUACGUGCAACACGCUUCACAAUAACAGCACUUACAAUUGAAGUGGGCAGCUCUAGCAGGGCAGAAAUUUGACAAACUAACUUGUUGGAAAGGUGCCACGUUGAAAGUCACUGAGCUCUUCAGUACGGGCCAUUCUACUGCAAAUGUUUGUCUAUGGAGAUUGUAUGGCUGUGUGCUCGAUUUUAUACACCUGUCAGCAAUGGGUGUGGCUGAAAUAGCCGAAUCCAUUAAUUUGAAGGGGUGUCCACAUACUUUUGUAUAUAUAGUGUAUCUUUGUUUUCUUGUUUCCCUUCCAGCAGAGGAAGACAUUGUGUCAAUGGCGGACUCCACCAUCACAAUAGAUGACAUCGAAGGGGAGCUUUUCAGAAUUGAGCGGAUACGUGAUGUUCUGGUACGGAGGGAAUCAGAACUAAGAUACAUGUGAGCAUUUUUAAAAAUAACUAUCCAAUCACACCAACACUCCGUUUCUGACAUCUUUUGGUGAUUUAUCAGAGCCCUCUAGUAUGAGGUAGAAGAACAGGAUACACAUUUUGGGCCUUUUCAGUCUCACACAUACAGUGAGGGAAAAAAGUAUUUGAUCCCCUGCUGAUUUUGUAUGUUUGCCCACUGACAAAGACAUGAUCAGUCUAUAAUUUUAAUGGUAGGUUUAUUUGAACAGGGACAGAAAGAAUAACAACAACAAAAUCCAAAAAAACGCAUGUCAAAAAUGUUAUAAAUUUAUUUGCAUUUUAAUGAGGGAAAUAAGUAUUUGACCCUCCGCAAAACAUGAUUUAGUACUUGGUGGCAAAACCCUUGUUGGCAAUCACAGAGGUCAGACGUUUCUUGUAGUUGACCACCAGGUUUGCACACAUCUCAGGAGGGAUUUUGUACCACUCCUCUUUGCAGAUCUUCUCCAAGUCAUUAAGGUUUCGAGGCUGACGUUUGGCAACUCGAACCUUCAGCUCCCUCCACAUAUUUUCUAUGGGAUUAAGGUCUGGAGACUGGCUAGGCCACUCCAGGACCUUAAUGUGCUUCUUCUUGAGCCACUCCUUUGUUGCCUUGGCCGUGUGUUUUGGGUCAUUGUCAUGCUGGAAUACCCAUCCACGACCCAUUUUCAAUGCCCUGGCUGAGGGAAGGAGGUUCUCACCCAAGAUUUGACGGUACAUGGCCCCGUCUAUCGUCCCUUUGAUGCGGUGAAGUUGUCCUGUCCCCUUAGCAGAAAAACACCCCCAAAGCAUAAUGUUUCCACCUCCAUGUUUGACGGUGGGGAUGGUGUUCUUGGGGUCAUAGGCAGCAUUCCUCCUCCUCCAAACACGGCGAGUUGAGUUGAUGCCAAAGAGCUUGAUUUUGGUCUCAUCUGACCACAACACUUUCACCCAGUUCUCCUCUGAAUCAUUCAGAUGUUCAUUGGCAAACUUCAGACGGACCUGUAUAUGUGCUUUCUUGAGCAGGGGGACCUUGCGGGCGCUGCAGGAUUUCAGUCCUUCACGGCGUAGUGUGUUACCAAUUGUUUUCUUGGUGACUAUGGUCCCAUCUCCCUUGAGAUCAUUGACAAGAUCCUCCCGUGUAGUUCUGGGCUGAUUCCUCACCGUUCUCAUGAUCAUUGCAACUCCUCGAGGUGAGAUCUUGCAUGGAGCCCCAGGCCGAGGGAGAUUGACAGGUCUUUUGUGUUUCUUCCAUUUGCGAAUAAUCGCACCAACUGUUGUCACCUUUUUACCUGCUUGGCGAUGGUCUUGUAUCCCAUUCCAGCCUUGUGUAGGUCUACAAUCUUGUCCCUGACAUCCUUGGAGAGCUCUUUGGUCUUGGCCAUGGUGGAGAGUUUUGAAUCUGAUUGAUUGAUUGCUUCUGUGGACAGGUGUCUUUUAUUCUGGCUCCCUUUAAGAGUGUGCUCCUAAUCUCAGCUCGUUACCUGUAUAAACGACACCUGGGAGCCAGAAAUCUUUCUGAUUGAGAGGGGGUCAAAUACUUAUUUCCCUCAUUAAAAUGCAAAUCAAUUUAUAACAUUUUUGACAUGCGUUUUUCUGGGUUUUUUGUUGUUGUUAUUCUGUCUCUCACUAUUCAAAUAAACCUACCAUUAAAAUGAUAGACUGAUCAUUUCUUUGUCAGUGGGCAAACGUACAAAAUCAGCCGGGAUCAAAUACUUUUUCCCCCUCACUGUAACAUCCAUGCCUUGGCUCCUUGUGGAAUGGGUUGUGGUUGUACUGUAGUAGGUUUUCACAGGGCUCAUUAGAGUUCGACAGUGAUCCCCUCUGACUUGGUGACGCUCCACAUAUGACAGCAUCUAGCGAUGGGAGUGACCAAGUGCAUGAAGGCGAAUACUGUGUAGAGAGGACAGCAGCACAUUGUCUGCUCUCCUAUUAGUCGACCAGCUCAGCUCCUACACACUUUUGUCUCGACACUGCACAUGGACUUUGUUCUGAAAAGAAACAGUUUUAUACUUUUCUCUGUCUGAUCCCCUUUGCUGUAAUGUUUCUUCUUCAUUAUUGUGACAUGUGUAGGAGAGAGCGGGGAGAGACUCAGAGAAAGGAUAAUGAUGCUGGGUAUGGGGAGGUCCAGUUGCUGGGGAGGCUAUAUUCUCACUGUUCCUCCUCCAGACCUCACCUUUCUGGGUUGGAGCUUACAUAUAAGCAACCCUUUAAACAAAGUAAAUGGGAUUUCUGUGAGAUUAAGUAUGAUUACUGAACACUAACCCUACACACUAACAGUAAUCACUAUUGGCCUGGUAAACAGCCAUACUUCCGCUCACCGUUAAGUAGAUGAGCACAGCGGCACAGAGAGAGCAUUUCUCACUUCUUACUGUAUCUGUGAUUCCUCCUUUUUCAUCAUUUGGGACAGGAGCAUAUUGACACCAGUCGCUGCAGAGCUCAAGGUCUUUUCAAGGCUGACCACAGCUCUAACAGAGAGAAACUGAACAGUGAUAGCAUAAUAACAAGCAAUGUACCUUUGUUCAUGUGGAAAAGUAAUUACUGUUAGGUUUCUGAUGUGGAAAGUAGCUUGUUUUCUUAUCUACUUAGGUGGAAGUGAAAUUAAAAACUAAUAACAUGACAUGGUUUGCUUAUGGAAUUAAAUGAGAACUCUCAUUUGCAUGCAGUGCAUUAGGUGUAUGCAGUUCAGUGUGUAUUCUUUUUUAAUGCUGUAGGCACCGCAAGGUGGUUUAUUGUGAAAGGCAGAUUUAUUGUAAUGUCGGGAUGCAGCUUCAGACACAAUGACAGGGCAAUACAAAGGGAAUCCAUAUUAAAGCACAUACACAAUUUCCAUGCAAAUAAACUGUGAUGCAGCUACUGCAUUGGUCACUCCUAUGAAGUGGCUUGAAAAUAAUAACACAUUUCCUGUGCUUAAAGGCCUGGGGGCAUGUUUAUCUAGGAGGUCAUUUUCCUCUUAUCGUCCGAUGGAAAAGCCCAGUUAUCCAGAGCCUCAUUAGAAUUCCAGUGGGAAUAGCCACAUCUGUAAGAGUGUCUGACUAGUAUUGUUUACUUAAACCUCCCUACCUGAGUCAAUCAGUGAAAUGAGAUAUGAUGCAGCUGCAGCUCAGAGAGAUGGGGAGUGACUCAUUCUCAGAGGCCCUGUGGCAUCAGUUGUUUCAGCUAAUAAACCCUCAGCCAACAAUCAUUUCAGUCCUCCUGAGAAGAGGAGAAAGCUAAUUUCAUUCGCCAUUUGCACUGAUGUGGUUUCUGUCUGUAGGAUAGGCUAAUAUGGUUAUUGUUAUUAUGUCUAUGUUUACCAAGCUGAAAUGGAAAUCGCUUCAAUUCUAUAGCAUUACAUUUUACUAUGUAUUUGGCCAUUUAAAUGUACUGUGUUCGAAUCGUUGAGGAGUCACUUUUUAUUUAAUUUUAUAGAAGCCAUUAUCUCUACACUCAUCUAGAGUAUCUCUCCCUGUCUCCUAGCUCUGCCUGCCUGUCAGACAGUUUUUUCACUCAGCAGCAAUCUUUUGAAAAUUGCUAUAAUUCGCUGUUGUUAUAUUGACCACUGUUGUAAUAGAGGAGUUAUUGCAGAAGCUGAGGGCUUGAUGGGAAGUUUUGCCUCAGGUUUUGCCUCAGGGACAACUGCAGGGUUGUCUGACACAUUGUGGUCCCAAGGGAAGGGUGAUCACAUCAGAAGGUCCUCUAUGUCACAAUCCUUAUUACUGUCCAGCAGCACCUUUUUUCUAAGAGUGACUCUCUCUGUGUGAGGUGAGGUGUUCAAUUCACAUAGUAGUGACUGUCUGUGUUCUUCAGUGUUAGCCCUAAUGUGGGGCUAUACAUGCAAGCCACAGUGCCUUCAGAGAGACCACUCAACACUGGAGCCAGCAUGAUUGUAUCUUUAAGACUACAAUCUCUCCAUCCUCUGUAUUGAAGCAUUUUGUAUGGGUUUCAAUUGUUCUGUCAAUAAGAGAAAUUAGGAUUGAUUCCUGACUGUCAGACUAAGUGUGGUACAGGGAGAAGAACAGCCAUUGCACUGACAGUCGAUACGUGACAGGAUCCGAUUCUCACCUUGUCCUGGGUUCUCUUCCCCUGGCUCAUACUAAACAGCUGUGAAUAUAUAUUUCCUUUGAAGUAUAUCAAUGUGGUUUAUGAUUGAGAAUGAAAUGGAUUCCUCAAUUUUUUCCCCUCAGGAUGGACGACAUUCAGCUUUGCAAGGAAAUCACACGGCUGAAAAAAGAACUUCAGAAGCUGGUGUCUGUUUCAAGUAGGCUACCAUACACUCUUAGAAAAAAGGGUUCCAAAAGGGUUCUUCGGCUGUCCCCAUAGGAGAACCCUUUUUGGUUCAAGGUAGAACCCUUUUUUGUUCCAGGUAGAACCGUUUUGGGUUCCAUGUAGAACCCUCUGUGGAAAGGGUUUUACAUGGAACCCAAAAGGGUUCUAUCUGAACCAAAAAGGGUUAUUCAAAGGGUUCUCCUAUGGGGACAGCCGAAGAACCCUUUUCGUUUCUAGAUAGCACCUUUUUUCUAAGAGUGACUCUCUCUGUGUGAGGUGAGGUGUUCAAUUCACAUUAUAGAGCGCACACACACUCACUGUGGCAGAAAAUGAGGGAAUAUCUCCAUUAAAAGGGCUCAUAGUCCAGGUAGUGCUCUAGGAAAACCAAUAAUAAAACAUUUGCAGUACAGAAAAGCAGAAGAUUUGGAGCACAACAUCCUCAUUAUCUCAGCUUAUCAUUUCAAUGUUUCAACUCCAGCCUCUUUCUGUAUUAUCUCACAUUUUGUAGGUUAGAUCCAGUGGUAAUGCUAUCCACGCCCCUUUCUCAGUAUUGUAACAGCAACACCAUGCACAGUCAUCUGGUGGUUACAGAUCCAUCAGCCUAAGCUUAAUUUGCCUGGUGCUUAAUCUUGAACUGGAGCUGUGUGAAUGCUUAAUGAUUCCUAGCAUCUAUGGUUACUAUAUGAACCGUUUAUGACUGCUGUAUGACCACUCCAUGACUAUACUGUCUGUAUGACUCCAGACACAGACAAAUCCAACGAGGACCGGCAGAGGGAGGAGGAGCUGCUGCAGCAGAUCCACAAGCUGGUGGAGACCAGGGACUUCCUGGUGGAUGACGUGGAGUUUGAGAGGCUCAGGUGAGGGCUGCCAUGAUCUUAAAGUCAAGGAAGUGUGGGCCAUCAUGUUCUUAAAGGCAAGGGAUACUAUAACUAAACAUGUUGCCGAAGUAGCAUCUAGUGACCAUUAAUAUUGGUGACUCAGUUGUCACCUCUGAGUCAUACUGUAUCGGAACCUGUUUGUGACCAUUCCUCCAUGUUGCUGUGCAAGCCCCUUGCAUUUGUUUAGAGCGCUAAAUUAGCUGUCUUGCAUGUUAGGCAGCCCUGCUUCUCUGACUACAAGUCUGAGUGACACUUUUGACAGAUCUCAGAAAGGUGGGUGAUACGUGGGAAGCAGAUACUUAAUAAUUUACAGUAAAGUGAUGUUGACAGUAGAAAACCAUAAAGAGAAAAUGAUUUAUUGUUAAAGUGAAUUCACACCAUCCACACAUAUGAACAAAUGUUGGAAGUGUUCAUGUGAGCCUCUUUGUCUCUAUCCAGUUGUUUGGUUGGUUAUUUGUUAAUUUUGUGUGUGUGCGUGCAUUCUUGUGUAUGACUGUGUUUUAUGUCAACAGUGGCUGUGAAAUAUAUAGUGGAAGAUUUUCCCUGUUGUUAACUGUGCCUACACCACUCAAUCUCCUUCAACAGGGAGAGAGAGGAGGACAAAGAAAUGGCUGAUUUCUUACAGUCUAAAUUUCCCAAGACCUCGAAGAAAAAAAGUAUGUGCAAAUGUGUUACCAUAGUGCUGUGUAGUCAAGGCUCAAAUAUGAAGCUUCCUUUUGUGCAAUUAGUCCAAGUCACAUUGAUUGAACCAAGUUAAAAUAUGAUAACAACAUUAACCAUGCUGAUGGUGCUGAUGACAAUGAUGAUGAUAAUGAUGUCUCUUUUUUUCCCAGAUGUCACAGAGGACCGAAGGAUGACCUCCAAAGCCCAGCAGACUUUGUCCACUCCCUUCGUCACCAAAACCGGCCUCACCCUUCUGAAGGAGUGCUGCGGCUUCACAUGCUCUGUCAUGUAG